GGCGGAUGGAGAAGCUCCAGCACUUCCCAAUCCACGUGAGACCGACAUGACGUCCAUUCUGCAUCGCCGCGUGGUUGCCGGUGCCGCCACGGCGCUCUUUGCUUCAUCCGUGUACCCUGUAUACAACCCGCGAUGCAACGACGACGCGAUCCUCCUCGACGAGAACGACCCGAUCGUCCAUGCAACACGAGAGAUUGCGUUCCGCACGGGAGUGACCCAUCCCGAGAACGUUCAAGUAUUUGUCUCCAUGCAAGGAGAAACCGGAGGAGCGUUGGGCGCGAAUUUGUUUGGUCGUGGCAGCGUGUGUAUCUCGAACACUGUCUACAGAGGGUUCCACCUUGACGACGAGGACGACGACGACGAGGAAGAAGAAGACAUUCCGUCGAAGGAAGAAGCCGAAUUCAUCCUUGCCCAUGAAUGCGUACACCUUGCCAAGAACCAUUCGCUCCUCAUGUCAUCGUUUGUGCCGAUGGCGAUGAUCUCCAGCGCGUCGCUGACGACGAAAGUGUCCAACAAAUUCGUUGCGACAUUGCUCGGUGUCGGGUCGCUUGUCGUGGGCGGUAUCUACCUCUCGUGGUGGAUGGAGUACGAAGCCGAUCACGGUGCUGCUUCCCUCGGCCGCCGCUUCCACAUCGGCGGUCUGUCGACUCUCGAGCGCACACGGCGACGGAACUGCAUGCUCAAGGAAAUGCACCCGACACCGUGGAUCACAGAGAGCGGCAAUUACCUUGCGGACACGGCGCAUCCGUGGCUCACGACGCGGAUCGACCACUUGUCUUCCCACGACAUGGACGACUGCCGCAACUGCGCGUUCUGCUCGCUCUUUGUGACGAAAUUCCACACGUAAUCUAUUGUAAUUUAUCCUCCACAUGUCCUCUCAUCCAAGGAAAGGAACGGCUCCUUCGUCCUGCGCGCUUUCCUCGGAGCUUGACCGAUGUAGGACGAUACGGUCACGUCGAGCACGAAGCACAA